UUUAGAAUAAUUUAAUUGUUUCAUGAUAACUUUGUGGUUAUUGAAUAUGGUUGCUUUUUAUGGUUACACUUUAGAUUUGGAAUUGAUCUUUUAUCGGUUAACCGAAAUGAUCUGGUCAAGUUAAAAAUGGCGCCGAGGAUAAACUGUGUUGGUCAUGUAAACAACUUACAUGUGAUUGGGAAUUGAACUGAUGUUGAUGUUGAUUGUGAGUUAAUUGUUACCAUCAUGAUUAGUGUUUGUUGUCUUGGAGGGCGACAGUCGGUUAGAUUUAGAUUACCUUUUCGUACAAUUUACUGUCAACGUUUUCUAUCAUCGUCAAUCCAUGAUUUUAAUCAAUUUAUUCAUCAAUAUCUUGAUAAACCUUUAAGAUUAACUCCUAAUCCUCAAGAAUAUGAGGAGAUAUGGUCAACCUAUUGGAAAGUAAACAAUUUAUCAGCUACCAGAUCAUCUGGUAAUUCAUCUGGUCAAUCAUUUUCACUACUCUUUCCACCGCCUAAUAUAACUGGUCAAUUACAUUUAGGACAUGCCUUAACUGUGGCCUUACAAGAUUCGUUUAUCCGCCAUCAACGGAUGUUCUCUGAUGCCGAUAUAACAUUUAUUCCUGGUUUCGAUCAUGCUGGAAUAUCUACCUACCUUGUUUUGGAUAAAACUGUCCGUAAAUCAAUGGGUAAAAGCAUCAGUGAAUUAAGUGAAGAUGAAUUUUCAGCUAUCUUCUCUUCAUGGAAAAUUGAUCGAAUCGCUGGAAUUAAAGGUCAACUAGAUCGCUUGGGAUCUUCUCUCGAUUAUGGAAAAGAGUAUUUUACAUUGGAUUCUAAUCUUUCCAGUGCCGUUAAUAAAGCAUUUUCAAUUCUACACGAAAAGGGGUUGAUCUAUCGUUCCAAUCUCCCAGUUAACUGGUCGUACUUUAUGCAAUCUGCUCUAUCUGAUUUAGAGGUGAACUUCCGCCCUAUUGAAGGUGGAACGAAAUUAUCGAUACCUGGUUAUCCUGAUAAGGUUGAUUUUGGUCUUUUCCACACUGUCAUGUAUCCUGUUGUCGAUGGUAAUCCAGGGGAAUCGAUUUCAGUGUCAACCAUGAACAUCUACACGAUUCCAGGAGAUGUAGCAAUUAUUGUCCACCCGGAAGACUCUAGAUAUACUAAAUAUCACGGAAAGAAAGUUUUGAAUCCCAUAACAGGUCAACCAAUUCCCAUUAUUACCGACAAACAUGCACGCAUUGAUUUCGGUACUGGUGCUGUUAAAAUUACUCCUUCAUCAUGUUUCACCGAUUAUGAACUGGCUUGCAAAUAUAAUCUUCCAAUAGAAAAUUUCAUGUCUCCAACUGGAACCUUAAUAGAAGGGACAAUUUCACCGCAAUUUGAUCAAUUAUAUAAAUGUUCACAUCGUUAUGAUCUCGCUCGUGAGAUAAUCAAUGUAUUGAAGGGCGCAAAUUUAUAUGCCGGCUGUGAAAAACAAGCAACAAUUGUACCUUUUUGUAAACGAUCUGAGGACGUUAUCGAACAUCGUAUUAUGCCUCAAUGGUUUCUAAAUGUUAAACCAGGUUACGAUAUGUUGCGAGAUCAUAUUGACAAUCAAUCUUUCAAAAUUUUUCCACCAAAAAAGGUGAAACUGUUAACCGAAUGGUUUGACAAGAAGCGAGAUUGGUGCCUUUCAAGACAAAUACCUUUUGGUCAUCGUAUUCCUGCCUGGUCAGUUUCACCUUCCGAAGGCUCGACAAUUUGGUUUAUUGGUACAAACAAGGAAGAAGCGUUUCUCAAAGCAUCUCAACAUUUUGGUACAAAUGAAAUUGACCUUAAACAAGACAACGAUGUACUAGAUACCUGGUUUUCAUCGGCACUACUUCCACUUUCCGCUCUUGGUUGGCCUGAUAAAGAGUCACUUUAUUUUCAAAAGUUUUAUCCUUUAACCUUAAUGGAAACUGGAUUUGAUAUAAUCACUUUUUGGGUCAUGAAAAUGGCUCUUUUGUCACUCUAUCUUACUGGACAAUUACCCUUUCCAAAGGUUCAUUUACAUGGAAUGGUUUGUGAUGGUAAAGGACGAAAGAUGAGCAAAAGCAAAGGAAAUGUUAUCAAUCCAAUUGAUGUUAUCGAUGGAACUACUUUAAAAUCAUUACAAUCUGAAUCAAAGAAAUUAUAUCAACAAGGAAUUCUGAAUCAGGAAGAAUAUGAAAAUGCUUUAACAACACAAGAAUCAUUAUUCCCUAAAGGAAUCGCUCCCUGUGGUUCCGAUGGAUUAAGAUUCAGUUUAUAUGAAUAUAAUGCAACCUCUGAGAAAAUAUCAUUCGGUGUUAAUUAUUUGGAAUCUAAUCGUCAUAUGGUUAACAAAAUUUGGCAAGCAUUUAGAUUUUAUCUAAUCCAUUCGGAAGAAAAAACUUCCCAUGGAAACUUAUCAAUCCAGGUUAAUUCGGAAUUAGAUUUAGUUAAUUACUUGGAUCAAAUGAAUCCCUUUGACAAAUGGAUUUUGGGUCAAUUUUAUCUUCUUAUCAAAGAUUUUCAUUCAAAUAUCGAGAAUUUUACUCAAAGUAAUAUUUAUCGUAAUUUCUUUGAAUUUUGGGUUAAAUGUUUCUGCGAUAUUUACAUUGAAGUGAUUAAGCCUCGAAACAAUUUACCUAUUGAUCCACUUUCACAUGCAAUUUGCGGCCAAUUGAUACGAUCAACUUUAAUUGCUAUGCAUCCACUGAUUCCUUUUGUAACUGAAGAGUUAUACCAAAGAUUUAACAAGCAUCAAUCAUCCUCAUCAUCUAAACAAUUUAACCUCUCAAGUAUUUUGAAUGAAAAGUUUCCUGAUGUUAAUUAUUUCUCACAAUUUGCUGAUCCAUCACUUAAUCAUUCAAUGGACGUUUUCCGUGAAAUUGGACGGAUACUUGGUAAUUACAAGAAAACUUGUAAUCUGGAUAAAGAACAAUUUAAAUCAACUCGAAUAACAAUAUGUUCAAAUGAAUUAAAUGAUGGCCAACUAAUUGAUGCACUUAAAAGGAUCCGAGCCGUUGAAAAUAUAACUCUUGUUAAUCAUCUUGAUCAACAAUUACUUGAAACAUCAAUCACACUACGAGCAACACUUAAUUCAUUUGUUUGCUUUCCAUAUGAGCAGGAACAUGCUAAUCAAAUUUUACAAUUUCUCGAGAAAUCAAUCAAUAGAUUAUUAAUUAUGAUACUUCGAGAAAGAAAAUAUGAGAAACGAGUCAAUGCAGCAGAGUAUUUAGAAAGAGUAAUGUUUGAUCAAAAUCAAUUGAUUAAUCUAAUUGCCACAAAGAAAACUUAAAUAUUGAUUAACCAAUUAAUAUAAUCAACAUAUGUAAAUAUUAUAGAAACAAAUUUGCUAAUUAUUAAGUUAAUAAUGUCAAAUGAAAAAUGAAAAUCAAUUUUGUUUUAUGUAAUACUUGUAAACUUAAAUUCAAUCAGAAAUCAAUUAUAUUAAUUGUUACAAAUGUUAUUAACCAACCAAACCUUUCAACGAUAUGUUAAUAAUAUGGAAUCAAUGAAAAUCUGGUAAAUUUAAUCACUAAUCACUAGAAGAGAGCGAGAAAAUGAUUAAAAGCCAGAGAGUUAACAUAAGAGAUAGAUUAGAUUAGCAAUUAGAAUCAAGUGCCAUUGUAAUACCUGUAAAAAUUGCAAUUGAAUCAAUUAAUCUAAUCUAAUUAUCUCUCUCUCUCCCAUCCCUCCCAUGGUUUGAAUUCCCGAUAAUCAAUCAAUGAGCAAAUGAUAAUUGUUGUAGUAAUAAUAAUAAUCAGAAAUAAACAAACCAUCAAAAUACAACAGCAACUAAAAUCUAAAACCUAAAAGUGCAACUAUUAAUUGUAAUUAGUGUAUUGAUUUUUAUUUCUAUUUGUUAAACAUUGGUUACAAUUAAUAAUAAUAAUAAUAAUAAUAAUAAUAAUACCAAACGGAUUAACGGAUCACUUGAAGCAAUUUAAUCAAUUGAUCCUGAUCAACCAAUGAAAAGUUAAUCAAUGUGUUUAAUAUGUGAUUCAGUUAAACUUUUUUCAUGUUAAUUUUUGUCUAACGUUAUUGAUUGUAUUUAAUUGUUACUAAUUUGUGUGGAUUGUUUAUUUCUGUUAACAGCAUUUUAAGAAUUAACAAUUUAAACUAAUUGUUGAUUUAAAUUUCGAGUAAAACAAAAAUCAAAUAAAAGGGUUGAACAAUAAUCUUAAUUGUUUCCCUUUCAUCAAGAAUAUGGAAACUUUUUUCGCUGAACCUUAGGAACAUUGAUUCCUAAAUGAACUCGGACGAUCUCUUGACCGAUCUCGAUCUUUACUCAUCCUCAUCUUCAUCCUCAUCUUUAUCAUCAUCAUCAUCAACACCAUUCAAAUGUUUAGAUUUCCUUGCUACCGGGAGUCCAGAGGAUUGGCUUCACAAUACAACGAUAAUCUCUUACCAAAGCCAGCAAACUGUUUGGGUUCACAAAACGUAUCUAGAGAUGAGCCUGAAGGCAUUGAUUUUCUUAAUCAUAAUUGGCGUCUCUUGCAUUGGUAAUUAUCUAAUUGUCAUGGUUAUAAUUAAGUUCAAAAAUUCUCGAAAUUGUACCAACCUGUUUAUCUGUAACAUGGCAAUUGCUGACCUGUUGACCACUCUAAUGUUUGCAUGGGCUUCGUUGAUUGAAAAUCUUUAUCAAAAUUAUGUUCUUGGUCCAAUUUUCUGUAAAAUUGAAACCUCAGCUAAAGUGUUUUCUCAUUAACAUGGAUUUCGUGUGAUCGUCUAAUCGGGAUAAUCAAACCUUUUAGAAACCCGAUGAAAAAAACUCGAGCCGUUGCCGUUAUGGCCUUUAUUUGGCUUUUAUCCUUCGUUAUCGGGAUUCCCUUUUAAUUUUGGCGUGAAUAUCGUACCCGUCAAUGGUGUGACUACUUAGAGAUUUGGUGUAAAACCGAUGGUCGGAAAAUUGAUGUUUACAUGUUUGUCCUUUUAGCGUUUAUGGUUUAUAUACCGCUCUUCAUAAUGACCUUUUCUUAUUGCCUGGUUAUCGCUAAGAUGAAAAACUUUGAGAAUAAAAUAAGCACCGAUGAGAAUAGUAUCAAAAUUAAACACCGACGGAAAGUGAUCUUAAUGUUAUUCAUCUAUCUAAUCACUUCGGCCAUUUGUUGGAGUCCAUUACAAGUUAUCGUUUUUUACCGUUUCAUUGCAUUCAAAUCAGUCGAUUCGGUUAAACCCUGGAACGAGGAGGCUAAAUUUUGGGCUCAAGUUUUCGCAUCGGCUAAUUCAGCUCUUAAUCCAUUAAUCUAUGGGAUAACUAAUGGUUCAUUUCGUAAAGCCAUUUGUUUACUUUAUCCAAAACUUUCCUGGUUCUUAAGAUUGGACAGUUCAUCUUCACGAUCUCGUCGAGUGACCAAUGGCAAUGGUCACAAUGGAAACGUUGGAGGAGCCUAUGGACAAACCCGUGACCGAGAUCUCGUUAAAUCAACAUUUACCAUGUCUAAUUGUGGUAAAAAAAAGACUGAACAUCAUGAUCAUAUUAAUCAUCUUAAUCAUCAACUUCAACCAUCAACAAUUAAAACAAUCAGCGGACGAUCAAUUCAAAUGGUUGAUAUUAAUGUAACCGGAUUCAGAGCGUUGAGAGCAAAAACAAAUCAUCAUCAAAUCUAAUCAUUUAUUUAACAAUUAACAGAGAGAAAAAACAAUUAAUUCUGAAAUUUCAUUGAGAAAAUACCCAAAAAAUUAAACUAAUAUAAUUUA